GGCAACAGCGUAAUCAGUUCAAAAGUAAGAAAUGGAAGAGCAAGAAACAAAUUCACCCAUAGUUUUAACAACAGAUGAAAUAAACUGCUUAGAAUUGCAAAACAAACGAUUAGUAACAGACUAUAAAGCACAAAUGUUGGAGGUUAACGCACGUAAAUAUUGGGAUUUGUUUUAUAAACGCAAUGAAACACGUUUUUUUAAGGACCGACACUGGACCACACGAGAGUUUACCGAUCUCCUAAAUCUUGAUUGUAAUUUAAACUCUCGGCGAAAAGUGGUUCUAGAAAUCGGCUGUGGUGUGGGAAAUUUCAUUUUUCCUUUACUAGAAGAGAAGAUUAAUUUGUUUUUAUUUGCGUGCGAUUUUUCUCCUAGAGCAAUAGAGUUUGUUAAGUCUAAUCCAUUGUAUAAUGAAGACAAUGUCAGAGCGUUUGUGGCUGAUGUUACCACAGAUGACAUCUUUACAACUCUCGAACAAUCCACUGUAGAUAUAGUGACAUUAGUAUUUGUGCUCUCUGCCAUUCACCCUGAGAAAUUUUUAAAAGUGUUACAAAAUAUUUUUUUGCUACUAAAGCCUGGGGGUAUAAUUCUGUUUCGUGACUAUGGUUUAUAUGAUAUGGCCCAGUUACGGUUUAAAGCAGGGAACAAAAUAAGUGAAAACUUUUACAUGCGGCAGGAUGGGACCAGGAGUUACUACUUCUCUUUAGAGUUUACAAGUGAAUUACUUUCAAAGGCAGGAUUUGAAGUAGUCAAUAUUUCCUAUAUUCACCGCCGAACUAUAAACAAGAAGGACAACAUUGAUGUUCCCAGAAUAUUUCUCCAAGCAAAGUUCAAAAAACCUUAGAAUUUCUAAUUUAUUAAUUUAGUUUAUGAUUUUCUGCCUGGUUAUUUAUAAUCCUGUUAAAAUAAGGACUGAGAUAUCUCACCUGUAUAUGUAUUGCCAUAGGUAUAAGAGCUGUCAAAUUGAUUAUUGUAGUUUUGAUUUUGUGCUGUGAUUGAGCACUGUUUAAAUUUUAGUGUGUAUAACAAAAGGAUGUUGUGAUUUAAUUGGUUAACAAAUUUGUAGGAUGUGUUGAAUGGUAAGUGCUCGUUAUAUUAUUCUGUAUUUGUGAAAUGCAAAUGCAUCAACAUUUAUUGGAAGGAGUUAUAGUUACAGGCUGGACUGACGCAUAUGAUGACUUUGUUUAAUGUAAUCAAUAAAAGAUUACGCAAUUAUUGGAUUCAAAUCUGUUACAUGCAAUUACAGAGGUUUCGUGAAAGUUGUCUAUAUACACUUGAUUGUACCUAAUAAAUAUAAGUAAAUAAAACAAGUGAAAAGUUA